UGUCAGUGCGCCGUUGUGGAAUUUUUUUCACGACACCCUCUACCUCAUAGCGCGAUAGAUUGCUUGCGUGCAUUUGUUGUUGACAAGAAGUCUCAAGAUAGAGAAAGAGAGAGAAAGAGCUGUGCUCUCUGCUGUAUCUAAACUUGCUGAAACGGCCAGCAACCAUGGAGUCAAUCAAGGCAAAAAUGAUGUCUCUCAAGAAUGAGAGAGACGACGCAGUGGAGAGAGCCGAAUCACUCGAGAACCAGCUGAAGUCGGUUGGAAGUCGUGUGGAUGAGGCUGACACAGAAAUUGCCUCUGCCAAGCGAAAGCUACAGAUGCUUGAACAGGAAUGUCAGCGAACAGAGGCUCGGGAAGCCAAGCUUGCUGGCGAUUUGAAGGCCGCAGAAGGUAGACUCGACGAGUUCGAGAAGAGAGUGAAGGAAUCGGAAGCCAUGGCGGAUGAUGAUAGUGGAAAGGUUGAAGAGAUGGAAAGAAGGUGGCGUGAAGCUCAGCAGAAGGCCGAUGAAAAUACUCGUCAGGCCGAGGAGCUAAGACGGAGAAUUGUCAUUCUUGAGCGUGAUGUCGAGAGAGGAGAGGAGCGCGCAGCGAAAGCAGAGGGCAAGAUGAAGUCUCAGGAAACAGAGAUGCAGCGCAUGUCUGAUCAGCUUAAAUCUCUGGAGGAGAAUGAUGGUGCUGACAAAGAAGAAAUGCUCGAAGAACGCCUCCGCGAACUUGAGGAGGAAUACCGUACCGUUGACAAAGAGGCCGAUGAAGCCGAGCGUCGUGUGGCAAACCUGAAUUCGCAAGUCGACGCAAUUAACAAUGAAGUCAACACGUGGAAGGAAAAACACCGAGCCACAAAGUCUGAACUUGAUGCUAUGUUGAAGGAGUUUGGUGACAUGUAGAUUAGCUUAGAUAUAUAAUAAUUACUAGUAUUUCACUGAUUUACUCUUACUGCUUACCGCUGGUCAUUCUGUUCAAUAGUUCGGCGGGCGGGGUAUGCGCUGCGUGCUGCUCGCUUUCUCUUAUGGGUUUUUGUUAUUGCUAACUGUUACUUGUCGUCACUCCCGAUCAUCACUCUCGAUCAUUGAACUUCACUACCCAA